CAGAGUAAGCCAAGUCAACUAAAAAAAAAAAACAAGACAGAGAGGCAAGAGGCCAAGAAGAAAGAGUGGGCAAUAUACACACAUAUAGUAUAUGGCCAGAUAAUCUGUUGUGCAGUGCGUUUUAUCAGCCAGCGAAGGAAACGAAAACGAAAGUCGGUCCAAGUCGAGGAGUUUUAAGUCUCCGAAAUACUCCAAUCCAGCAAAAUCGGAGACACGCGGAUCUCAUCUCGGUAAUGUCUCAAUAAAAGUAAUCUUAACUGUCGCCGGAAUGUAGGAAAAAGUGAAAAUAAAAGCGCUCAACGGGUUUCGAAAAUCAGCCAAAUAACAUAAAUCAAAGUAUCUGGAUCCGGGAGGGACGAGGAGAGGCGUGGCCAGGUGAAUCGCAGUCGAUCGCAGUGCGGUGACCUUCGGCAAACGGCGGCAGCGAACAAACAGCAAUCAAACAAGCCAUUUGAGAUAGCCAAACAAGCGCGGUCCAAAUAUCUCGCACAAUAUACACGCACCCGUACUAACAACGAAUAAAUAGUUAUAUAGAUAUAAGCCAAGGUGACUAAGUACCGCCGCAGCAUGGAGAUCAGGCGCACCUCUCGACCGUAUCUUUGGGUACUGCUGAUGCUGCUCGGCCUUUGGUUGGGUUCGGUUUUGGCCAAGGGCGCCGGCAAUCAGACAGCCCCCACCACCACCACCUCACGAACCUGGCAGCGAUAUCAAAGUCAAUCGCUCAAUGAAUCGCAAUCGGUGACCGAGGAAUUGGAGAUUUUGGAAACCACUUCGGAUACUUUGAGCCACUCGCCCCACGAAACCCAUUUGACUCGCACCUCCGUCAUUUUCGGACUCACCAAAGUGGCCAACGAGAGCAGCGUCAGCCAAAAGUGCCACGCGCAGCUGCGACAAAUGCAGCGCGGCAUACUCGGCAAACAGCCAUGGGCCAUGAAGGUUCUGGAUGCAUCGGGAACGAAACCCUCAGGCUUUGUAUAUGGUCAGAACUAUUGGCUAGGAAGUCGGGAAGCUUGUCGUGGAGUCCAAAGACCCGUGGGCAUAACCCUGUCAAAAAACUUCGAUCGAGUUAUGCACUAUGGAAUUAUCACCCAGCAGGCGCCCUUCGACAUGGACUAUCGGGUUUUAUAUCUGCGACAUAGUUCUCCCUGGCAGGUUGAGAUAAAACUAAUGUCCGAGCAGAUUAUCCACAUUGGCUUGUGCCUCCCAAGUGCCUGCAAUUCAGAGGAGGUUAAAAGUCUAGCCCAGGACUACGUAGCUGGGGGGAUGUUCACUGAAAACGAUAUCUUCGACAUCCGACCGGAAGUGGUUUAUAUGAAGGACCUGCAGCUGAGGGAAGAAUUCUUCGAGCGGGCCAGCUUCCGACUUUUGGUGGCCUGUGUCUUGGUCACCGGAGCUCUGAUGCUUUGCGCUCAACAACUGACGGCCACCAAAAAGUUGGCACCUUCAUCCGAGGAACACGAUCCUGGUUUAGCUCCUGCGGAAUCGGAAAUCUGGAGAGGACUCAACUCUCUAUUGCAAAUAGAGAAGUUACAGAAGUAUAUACCCUGCUGGGAUGUCCCCACGAAUUGGGCAAAAAUCUUUGAGGUGCGGGAGAAUUCUCCGAACGAUAUUCCUCUGAUGAACGGACUGCGAUCUGUUUGCGCCAUCUGGAUCAUGGUGUUCCACGUGGUAUGGUUUAUGUACUUCACAGUUCACAAUAAGACGGUGCUGAUUUCGUAUGCAGAACAGGCCUUUUUCCAAUACGUUUCUUCAGCUCCUCUGCUCGUAGACGUCUUCUUUACCAUCAGUGGCUUCCUGCAAACGUUCAAUUUUCUGCGGAACUCUCAGCAGUUGGAGGCCGUUCGUCGGAAUAGCCUCAGUGAAAAUUGUAAGCUCUUUGGCAAGCUGCUCUUCCAUCGGUAUCUGCGUCUUGGACCACUUUACUUGGUUGUCAUGGCCACCGUGGAUUUGGUGUAUGCCUAUAUUGGAGAUGUCUCGGUCUAUCACAUCAAUGAGAGAUUCGAUGAGAUGUGCUCCCGUCACUGGUGGCGAAAUUUGCUCUUUAUUCAGAACCUUUUCGACCAUAGGGAUAUGUGCGCCAAUUGGAGUUGGUCCUUGGCCUGCGAAAUGCAGUUCUUUAUCUUGGCCAACGCCCUGCUGUUCCUCUAUGUGAGAUAUCCUAAGGCAGUCAAAGCCCUGGUGGUCUCUUCUUUUGUGGCCACCAUUGCCUGGUCUUAUAGCAUCGGCUUGAGCAUCAAGUUUCAGCUGUCCUUCGAUGCAGCCUUUGCCACCGGAACAGAGAUCUACACUUCCCCCUUUGUGAGGGUCCUUCCUUAUAUCCUGGGAGCUGCAACGGCCUGGUUACUGCAGGAGAAUCGCAUCCAGUUGGAGAUCAGUGAGCCCAAGGAACGUUUAUGCUGGCACCUGGCCCUGUUUGUGUUCUUCGCCUGCAUUUACUCGACUGUGAAGAGGGAUCUGGGUCCUCUGAUGGCCAUCACGCUUUUUGUGAUGGGUCGCCUGUUCUUUUCGCUGAGUGUAUGCUGGAUGAUAGCGCGCAGUUGCGGUGGUCGGGGGGUGUGGUGGUCACGUCUGCUGGAGGCCAAGGGCUUCCAACAUGUCAGUCGACUUUCCUAUGCUAUAUACCUUCUCAACCCGCUGGUCAUCGCAUUGUUCUACAGUUUAACCAACGCCAGUACGCAUGCAGAUCCCUUCAUGUUGUGCGUGGUCACCUGCGGCUUCGCUGUCAUCGUCUACCUGGCCUCCAUCCUCUUUUCCCUGUCCUUCGAGCUGCCCUUCAGCAAUCUUUCCAGUUUGCUUAAUCGUCGGCAGAGCAAGCCGAAAAUCGCCUAAAGAUGCUAGCCC